AUGUCUCGGUCAGAUACUCAUCCUCCGGAAGAAAUAUGUGAGGCUGCAAUGGCGGUUGGAAACGCACUUGCUCGUUGUGAAAAGUAUGCCCUUGUUGGCGGCAGUGCGUGUGCGGUUCUAGGCUCGACUCGGGCAACUGAAGAUGUAGAUUUGGUUGUUCUCCGGGGUGGAACCGCCAACGCAAGGCGGUUACUUCGUGAAUCCUCUGACUUCGAAGUUCAACCAAGAACAAAUUACACAACAUAUAAGGCGAAAAACAUAGAAGUCGAGAUUUUAACGCCGCCUACUUUGUUUAAAGAGCCCUUUGAUCACAACACCGAAAUAAUCACGAUUGAAGAUGCCAAGGUUUUGAAGCCAGCCUUGCUUCUGAACGCAAAAUGUGGUUCAAUCAAUGGCCGAUCUACAGAGACGAAGAAGGACACAGAUGCUCAAGAUAUUGGUUUUCUCCUCGAUUUCUGCGCUGAAAACCCAGAUUAUCUUCCAAAAGCCACAGAAGUUCCCAAUGCAACAAAGGAGUUUGUUGGGAACCAUAUCCACUAUUAUGGAGGUCAGGAAGAUUGGGUUCGAGCUGGUUAUAACUUUGAGACGGAUACUAGGGUAUUUCCAGGGGAGCUGAGCAUUGAGAGUGUGUACAAACGGUCUGAAAUGCGAGAAGUUGCUCAGCUCGACUAA